ACAAUCAAAGGAGAUUUUGACUUGUUCGGAUUUGUGAAAAUUUACCCAUUUAUUGGAUAUUAUUUUCAUAUCGGAUUAUACUAGGAUAUAGCACAGAUCCUGGAGUACCAAAUGAGGUGAAUUUGUGCCCGAUUCCGUGGGAAUUAGCGGAAAUAUCACGAUGGAAAGUGAGGGCAAACCUCGUACACCGCGACCACGACGCCGCGAACGUGAGAAGGUCCAACAGGAAAAACUAAAUCAUGUGGUUGACUCUGGGGAUGAAGAAGGGGAUGAAUCCCCACCCAGGCCCUCCAAGGAUAAGGGCAAGGGCAAGUCCAGGAGACGCAGGCCCAGUUCGGAUUCAUGCGACGAAGAUAUCAUUGAUGGAUUUGCCAUAGUCAGUUUCAAGACCUUGCAAGAUCUCGAGACAUGUGUGAAAAACUCCAUAAACCGGAAAAGUAUUACGUCUCCUCCAACCAUGACAACUACAACCACGACUACGGCUAGAGACACCAGACCAGUGACUCCAAAUGAAAAUAUGCAAAUGCCUGAUGUUCUCAGCCCAGAGCCGCCACCCUCGCCGCCAAAAGUUGAAACUGAAGUCCAAAGUCUCCCAGGCCCUAUCAUGGUCACAGCAAAAACCACAACCAUGGCAACAGCAACUACAAAUACUACUAUGGCAAUAACCACUGUAGUUGCUGUGUCACCGGUGGCAACUGUUACUAUGGUUACAACUUCCUUGACGACCACGACGACAAGCAUGCCUACGUCGCCACCUUUUAUGGUUUCUCCGAAAAAGAAGGUUAAGAAGAAUCACUCAGGGUUUACUCCGCCUCCGGGAUGUAAAAAGGAAAACUGUUUGCCGGUUUCUCGGAAAGAAAACUGUACUCUAGGUUCUCGGAAAGAAUACUGUAGUCCGGGCAUCCGGAAAGAAAACUGUUUACCGGUUUGUAAAAAGGAAAAUUGUAUAAAAGACGAGAACUCUAAAUGUAGUAUAGAGAAAGACGUUGUACGUGUCAAAGUUGCCAAAUCGAUUGUGGAACCGGAACCGGAACCUGUGUCUGUGACGACGAAUGGCCCGCUGCGAAGUAAUUCCAGGGACAUACUCAGUGAUGAAAGUUCUCUUACAACACACUCUGGACGGGGUUAUAUAUGCGACAGUGAAGCUAGUGAAGAUAAGGUAUCAGAUGCUGGCUCGGAUCUUUUCAUAACGAAUACACCAAAAAGGGAAAACAAUAAUAAUAGUGUACCGCUAAUCAACGGUACGAGCAGCCGUAAGAGUUGUAGUCCCAGUCCGGCAGCUAAAGGUCCUCCGCCGCCAUUAGUGCGGGAACCUUGCAAGCAGCCGUCAGCGAGUCCGUUAACCAGUGGCAGUAGUGUGUGCAGUAAUAGCAGCAGUCAGGGAGGCUGCCAUAGUCGUAGUAAUAGUAGAGGUACGAGUAGGCCAAGUAGUCGGCCGAAUAGUGCUGUGACGUAUAAUCAUCUACGAAAGCCUGAUCCACUUAUAGACCGGGAACAUACACCACAAAAUAGUCGACCUCCUGGUUGGCAUCCAAGGACGUCAACGCCCAACCACCUAAAGCCGCAUAUCUCACGAAGUCCAGUCCCUCAUCCCCAUCACAAUAGUCAUACUCCAACAUUCUCUCAUCCUCCGCCACAGCAGUUACAUCCUCAUCUACCUCCGCCGCCCCACCAUAAUAUGUUUGCGCAGCCUCUGGCAGCACCUCAUCUAAAUCAACAACCACUGCCGACGCCGCCUCCACGAGGACCCUUUGGGGUCGAAAAUAUACAAAUUCCACCACCACCACCACCACCUCCAAAUACAAAUCAAGAUCUUUUACGUCAGGAAUUAAAUACAAGAUUUUUAGCGUCACAGGAUCGUGUGGCAGCGUCAGCGAUCGGUCCACCUCCGUAUCUUCGGACUGAGAUGCACCAGCAUCAACAUCAACACAUGCAUCAACAUCAACACCAACACAUGCAUCAACACACGUAUGAAGGCUUCCCACCCUCCCUCUCAGCGGGAUCGUUGGUGCCGUCGCCAAAUCCACAUGUUUUUGAGAAAAUGCCCAAGUAUGGUUCUCCAUUUAUAAGACAUACGAUACCUGGUAUGCCCGCCACUUACCCGGGUUUAUCCGCCAUGUUCCAUCCCCCAGUGCCGGCUCCCCCUGGUGCUUCUCCCUUAUCUACGGGUGUACGCGGUGGUGCCUUCCAACCAAAGAAAUAUCAAUACGCCACCAAUAUGAACCACCCAUCAUCAAGUUCAAUGCAACACGCACAGCUUCUAAUGUCCUUUCGAGAUCGAGACAAGCACGUGGCCGCGAAUCCGCCAAUGCAGCAGAAUCAACCUCAGCAGCCCCCGCAGAAAAAGACGGGGAAGUGGAAUGCAAUUCAUGUGAAAGUAGCGUGGGAAAUCUACCACCACCAGCAAAAGCAGCAGGCAGAAGCGCAGAAGAAUUCUGAUGUAGCGAAGGCUGCCUCAAUAGACCCCCUGCGACCUCCUAGUCAUCUGUUUCCUCCUCAAGGCAGCUCCCUGCAUCGGCCAGCCGAACUGGCAAACCCGCAAAAUUUACUCGGAACGUCUCCCCAUAGUCGAAGUCCAUUUGAUGGAGGACCUCACCCUAGUUUAUUCAAUCCAGGUCAUAUAGGGAUGAGUCCGUUCUCAAGACCAGGUGCUUUUGGUGGACUUGGAGGUUCACUGCCAUUUGGAGGCCUAGCAGGUAGUUCUCUGUUUGGAAGAGACAUCCCGACCAUGCCUGGCCUAACGUCACCGCACGAAUGGAAUCGACUGCAUCGGACGCCGCCAUCAUUCCCUACUCCUCCGACGUGGCCGAAACCCGAUGAUAAAGACAAAGAAAAGGAGCGGAAUAGUCGGGAGCGGGAAAUUGAGCGGGAAAGGGAGAAAGAACGAGAACAACGAGAGAGAGAAAGGGAGCGAGAACGAGAGAGGGAAAAAGAACGAGAACGAUUAUUAGAAAGGGAUCGAGAUAGUCGAACGUUAAGUCGGAAUUCACCCGAAAGGAGGAAUAGUAUAGACUAUGAUCGUAAUAGGGAUCGUCCAAGGUCAGACUUGGAUAGGCCAAGGUCAAGAUCACCUAUCAGGAACGGCCGGGAUGACUUGCGGGACGGUGGCAAAAGUGACAGUGCCUUUGACAGUGCUAGCUCACAUGACAGUAAAUCAAAUGAUCUUCGGUUAAAGGAUGAACGGAAGGACGAUGCAAUCGCCGUAUUAAAUGACAAACGAAAUGAUCUUUUAUCGCAGGCUGCAUCUGCACCGCAUCCAUUGUCGAUGCUAGAUCGGUCGAGGUUAGUAAAUCCAUACCACGCACUGCCAGAACGAAUGCCAAUUAUAUGGAAUCCGUUUGAACGAAUGGACUUACAGCCGCGUUUAGAUCUUCAGAAAGAAUUUGAACGUGAGCGAUUAGGUUACCGCUUUCCAAAUCCGUUGGCAUCGCCAUUGGAUAUGGAACGCUAUAAGUUGGAACACCAGGAACUACUUAUGCGGGAAAGAUUACAUGUUGAACAACGGCGGGAUAUGGAGAGAUUCGCCCAAAUGGAACGGGAACGGGAAAAAAAUGACUAUGACAGGAAUAAAAUUCCACCGCUUAAACCUGCUGACCCGUAUAUUGCCGUAACGUCAGGGAAUAUAUAUGGACGAUCGGGCAGUCCUGUGACUGUCAACCACAACAGUACGAGUAAAAGUAAUUCUCCCUCCAGUGCUGUUGGGGGACCACCGCCACUUAUUCCCUCAAGUGCAGCAGUUAGCCAACCCCGCAGUCGUGCCAACUCCCCAACCGCCACUAAAUCAAAAGAGACCAACUCAAUCACAAACUCGACAACUAGCGAACAAAAUUCCAAAGAGAAGCCAGUGACUAAUUCUGCAGAUGUAGUGGCAGUGGGGGCAGAGUCCAGGUAGUACUGGAUAAAUCUCCAUAAGCCGUUAAACUUUAUUUGUUAUAUACAAAUAAUUAUCCUCAGAUGCCAUGGUGUUCAAAUUUUUUACAGUUUUCAGAAAGUGCUAGGAUAUUGACUGGAAACGACUGUACAGGAAGUUAAUAGGUAACGUGGUACCCAGUACAUUUUGGCAAAGACAGAUUAAUUAUUGUACUAUAAAAGAUGAAAUUAUAUGAAAUAAUUGUAUAAUGCCUUGGAUGUAUAAAGUGCUAGUUGUGAAAGUAUUGGGUUUUCGCGUUACCGGAUGGUAAUCUAUAUGUUUUUUUGGAUGUGAUGAUUGUUUUGCUCAUUGGUUCGCUGACGGGCAUUUCUCGUGAUAGCGGCCUGACGCUUUCAGAAAAGAGAUGGCAGGGAUUUCGUUUGGUUGCAGUUAAUCAAAGAUGUUUAACUUGAUGGGACUUUUGGUGACGCUUUUCGAUGAAUUCAGAAUUCGUGGAAAGGUCAGCUUUAUGAAACUUCCUUAAAAAUAUAAUGUUUUUGAGGACAUCUGAGAAAAAAAGCGCUUACAGUUUCUUCAAAAAAAUGUAUUUUUAUGAGAAUUUCUCAAAAGGCGUCGAGUCCUGUGAAUGUUGAGAGAUUUGUGUACCCUGUGAGAAGCAGACAGAAAGUUUAUGGAUAUUGUAAUCUUCUGAACGGCAGCAUUUGCUUUGCUAUCUGCUUUAGACCAUGAAAUAGAGUAGACGAAAUAAAUUUGAUUUUCUAUGAUAUUUUUGAAGUCAUAAUCUCAGUCAGAGUGGCCUGCAAGUACAAGGUCCAGAUUGCUUGGCAUUCAUCAAAUAAAAAACGAAACCUGGUAUUCUGUACUCCACGCUGUUGAUGUAUAUGGGCAUACUGCAAACGUUGAAAUGUUUGCAAAUUGAUUUAUUGUCAUUUGGCGAUAGACAGAACUCUGCAUUUGCUGCUAAUUUAAUGGUUAAUGCAUAAGAGUAGAAAUUUACACAAAUUUAUUGUUCAUUGUUUACCUCAAAAAUCACAAACAAAAUUUGAUGCUUAAUGUUUAGUCUACAUGAAAAAUGAAAUCUGAUAGAAUGCUGUUGUCAUAUGAGGGUUUAACUAUCUAGAGCAGUUGCAAAGUAAAUGUUGUUUGUUGAAAGUUCAGGAACCAGGCUUGACUUCCAACAGCAGUCAUUUUUUCCGUGAGCAGACGUCAAUGGUUCAAGGCAUACCUACACAUUAAUUGAGAUUGGUGUUGAUCUGCAUAAUUUACUACUCAAUUCUUAUUGUACCCUAGGUGUAGAAGACUGUGUGCGGGACCCUUUGGUUUGUUGCAAACCCCUUUUUAUAUUUCACUAAUAAAUAUUUGUAAGCAACUGCCGUUUUGUCAAAAAGCCUUGGUGUGUUUUGUAGGGACUAGAAAUAUUCUGUAGUGAUCAUUUCAAGUUGACUUGACCAAGAUGAGACGUGCCAUAGCCAUUCCUACGUACAGCUACUUGGUUCAGGUGAAAUUGAAAUGCAAUUUGUGGUUCUUUUUAAAUGUACCAUAUUUUCAAAUGAGUAACAACACACCCUUUUCAGAAAAAGGUUAUGCAGUUCUUUUUAGGGACAUUCUGUCAACUGUCACUAUCAAUUAGCCAACUUAUAAGGUGAUUGUCUAUGCCUCAAAGGCACCCCAAAGCAGUAAAUUGUACUUUGUGAUCUCAAAACGUUAUAUGUUGUAUUCAAAUGAUUGAACUCGCAUGACAAACAUUUUCAUGAAAUAUGAUUUUUUUCAAAUUUGGCUGAAAAGUCUCUGGAAAGACGGGGUGGGAAGUCUAUGUACAGUCUACUGUUUCAGAUUCUUCCAAGUAUGCCCAAGCCUAAAACUAGAAAGCUAAAUAUUGAUAGAUGAUUUACAAGUGUCAUUGCAGAGAAACUGGUACAUGUAUAUGCUUAUUGCAUCCAUUCACUCAUUGGUUCUGUAAUUUAUUUAUUACAUAUGAAUUAUACCUUUGACACAUUUGGGAACACUCACACCGAUUAACACCUUCGGCGCCGAACCACGUAGAUCUACGUUGCCCAAAUAUCCCCCCCUCUUUGAGCUGGUUAUCGGAGUCUAGUGUACUUCAUGAUAGAACUACGCCAUCGCCAUCUUCAGGGCAAAGAGGGAACCUACCGUGCAUUAAAGAUGGCGAUGGCGUCGCCAUCUUCAGGGAAAGAUAGGAACUGAAAAAACCUAUUUUCAGUUUCUACCUUGCCCGGAAGAUGGCGAUGGCGUAGUUCUUUCAUGAAGUCCAUGAGACUCCGAUGGCCAGCUCAAAGGGGAGGGGGGAUUUGGGCCACGUAUAUCUACGUGGUUCAGCGCUGAAGGUGUUAAUAUGCCCUGAUUAAGUUGCGUAUCUGUGAAAGCCUUUGGCACAUAGUGCAUCUUGGCUCUUUUGCUAGGAUUUUAAUCUUUUCUCUUAUACCUGCGUAAUUACAUGUACUACAAUGUGGACAAGUGUGUCACAAACAUACGCUGCUAUACUGACAGCAAGAAGAGUCCAAUGGUUAUGUCCUUUAUUGCAUGUAUCUAGGGUGGACAAGUGCACAUUUUAUUGCCACUGGUGUAUAGCCAAUGAAAAACGUGCCUAAAUGGUAUUGAAACGACCUGUAUAACAAAGAAUGUGAUAAAAGACUCUUCUCCCUGGGUGCAUAGCUGGGUACGCUUGAAAACAGUGAUGUAUUUGUGUUUUGAUGCUGUCGAUAGAAAUACAAACUUUUGACAUUGCUCACACUAACCCGUUGGGUCUAGAAAACCUCCAGCAUUAUCUUGGAUGAUACCACCUAACAUUCUGACGAUAAAAUUUGUCUUAAACUUGACUAAUGGUUGCAUAUCUGUUGUCACAGGCAUAAAAUAUCAGAAUUGGGUCAAUCUUUAACGCAGGAAUAAACUGUUAGUCAUAUGUCUGCCCACCUGCUCCUAAAACAACAUGUUUCAUAUCUGUCUUGAGCAUUCUAAUGAGGCAAGCCUACUCUGCCAAAUUCAUGACUCACAAGGUGUCUCAGUAUUGAUGACAGGACUUUAUAAUAAGGGGUAAAGUGUCAAACGAAUAAUUAAUAUAAACUCGCUCUACAUUAUGAAUUGAUAAUGCAUUUCUUCUAUUUCAAUCAUCCAGAUAUUGUAUCGAAGCAGCCUAACUCAGCCCAAUUCAUGCACUUCCAGUUUAGCUCUCCAGAUCUCUUUCAGUGCAACUACCUAUUAAGUGCACGCAAAAAAAUAAAUAAUGUCAUUGUGAUCACAAAGCCGUAGAAUAUACUGUACUCUAUUUAACCCACUUUUUGUGGAUGAUUAUUACCUAAAAAUCGACCGCUCCAAGCUUUCGACCAGCUCAUGCACUUAAUGACAUAAAUUGCUUACCACUCACAUAAGGUCCACUAUAUUUGUUGGCAUUUGCUUCCAAAGCGAAGUGUUGCAACUCGCUGGUAGCAAUAGUUUUGUCACAUCACUGUCUGGUGUGUUCUUUGACAACAACACAUGUAUGUGUGGUACAACAACACUAUGUACAGGUACCAGUUAACAACACAUGUACGUGUGGUACAACAACACUAUGUACAGGUACCAGUGAUGUCACAACACUAACGGUACCAGUGGUGUCACAACACCAAAGGUACCAGUGAUGUCACAAUAUCACAAAGGUACCAUUGGUGUCACAACGCCAAAGGUACCAGUGAUGUCACAACACCACAGGUACCAGUGUAACGCUGCAACAUCACUGAUACCUGUGGCAUUGUUAUCAGUGGUAUGAUGAUGUUACUGUUGUUCGCUGUUUAAUCAAAUCACUGAAAUUUGUGAUGUUGUAAUAACAGUUACCUGUGCUGUGACUUCACUGACCACAUGUGCUCCUAUCUUAUAAAAUGAAGCAUUAUAAUUAGGGAAAUGAAUGUAAGUGCUAAUUUUCUUCCGGAGGAAAAUCUGAACUAAUGGCUGCAUUGUUGUUAAAAAAGUGCUGAGUAUGCUUGGUACAUUUUCAGUUCUUGCGCGUGUUUAAUAGUGAGCAUUACUGAUCCUGCGAGUGUCCGGCAGGCUUAACAAUAUACACCCUAUAUCUUUGUUUUUCAGUAUUCAGUCUUCUUUGCUGAAUAAUGGUUUGAAAGUAUUGUGAAAAUGGAGGAAGAAAUCUCUUUUUUUAAGUGAUACAUAAUGUUUAUGAAUAUUUAUGUAAUUUAUUUGGGUAGUGUUGCAUGUAAUGACACUUCCUUCUCUGCGUUUGCCAAUAUGACGAAUGAAGUUUCUGUGUGCUGUAUUUAAUUUACUGGGACCUGAAACAUGAUCUUUUGGAUCAGAUAGUUUUUUGGUUACUGCUUGAUAUGGAGUGGUGACUGUGUUUCUUGAGAAGGCCAAACCUUAUCAAUAGAUGUUGUCGUCUUUUGUAGAAUUUAUCAUAAUCUAUACAAAGUGGGUUUUCUUGAUUUGUACAGCUCCAGGAUGUAUUCGCUUUGUUCACCUCUCUGUCAUGUGCACUUAAUCUUCAAACAGGAGUGGAAAAAAACUGCAGUUUCAUUAAGCAUUUGCUGUGGUUUUCUACGUCUGCUCAUAUGUAAAUAGGCAAGAAAAGUGAAUAAAAUAGCGAAUAUGCCCUGUAUAACUGUACUGUCACCUAUUGUUGCCAUAUUGAACCAACCAGUUUCUCUGCCCUAUUAAAGAAUGAAUUCCUUGAGAACACAAAUAAUUGAGGAGAGGAAUUGACUGCUGCCCAGAAUGCAAACAAUUAUUAUUUAUGGUACAUUUUGUAUUAAAAGUCUCAAGAAAGGGUUGUCCUUCUAUGUGUAUUGUUUUGUCAAAACCAAACUGAAAUCUGUACAGUAAAAAAAGAUGUUUCUAUUUAGAGUAUAGAAACGGAGACAUGAAUAAAAUAAACAUUGAAAAUGUUGCGAA